AUGGGAGGACGUCACAAACUGUUCGUUAGCAAAAGAGAUCCACAAUCGACUACUUGUACCAAGACUUAUGAGGUUAACCAGAGAUGCUGGAUCAAGCUUUCUGCCGUCUUUGAGCCGGAUGUCACUGGGGACUGGGAAUUUGGGUUAGUUGUCGCUGCCGGUCAAGGCGACUUGUAUAUCGAGGGGGAAAAGGUAAUCGAUAAUACGGUCGACCAGAAACCGAGCGACCUUUUUGCCUGUGCAGGUACUAUUGAAGAAAGGGGCCUAUUCAAGGCACAAGCAGGCAGGGUCUAUAACCUUGAGGUCCGGUUCCACAACCAUCAUCCAGUCCCUGGCCAGGUUAUUCCCAUGGGUCGGGGUGCAAUAGAGCUAAAAGAGUUGCGCGACUUCAUCAAGGUCGAACUUGGUGCAGGGGAAAAGAAGACAUGUUCUGUGCGGUUGACAUUGGAAGCAUUUGCGUAUUUUGAUACAUCAGCGAACAAUUGGACGGUGGAUGCUGGUGACUACAAAGUUUUACUGGGAUCUUCAUCAAGGGAUAUCAAGGAAAGUGUUGACAUGUGCAUCGAGACCAAGGCAAGCUGGUUGGAAUAUCCCAAGCUCAAGUGA